ACCGGAUAGCGGGAGGCCGGAGGCGGAGGUUUUAGAGAGCAGAGCGGAAGUCCCUCUUGCCUCCCACCCGGGUUUCUGCCAACUGGGCUGCCGCUCCGCUGUUCUGGGCCGUCGCCUGCGCGCGCCCGCGGCCCAGCUCUGCCAUGAGCCGGCCCAGCCGACUGCAGAGGCAAGUGCUUAGCCUGUACCGCGAACUGCUGCGCGCCGGGCGCGGGAAGCCGGGGGCCGAGGCGCGGGUGCGGGCCGAGUUUCGGCAGCACGCCUGCCUGCCGCGCUCCGACGUACUACGCAUCGAAUACCUGUACCGCCGCGGGAGGCGCCAGCUCCAGUUGCUACGCUCCGGCCACGCCAAGACCUUGGACGCCUUCGAGCGCCCGCAGGGCGCGAACGAGGAGCCCGGCGAAGCGGGGGCCCCUACGACUCCGCCUGAGGAGAGGGACGAUUCGAGGAACCCUCUCGUGGAGUCACCGGAAAUCCCGCCGGGUGGACGGUGACAGGCCGAAGAGCUCCGAUGGAACAGGGGAACGGUGGGGCGGGAUCGCUUGACUGCGUGUGUGGUGGGACCAGGGAACCCGCAUGAUGGAAGGUGAGAGGUCUUGAGAGACGAGCUCGAUGGAUUGGGGGAAUCGGAGAGCCGUCCUGGCGAUGUGGGGUCUUAGAGACCACCAUGACGGGUGGCAAGAUAUGCUUGCCCUUGUACGAUUCAUAGUCACUUGUCGUACCCCUUCCUGAGAGCCUGGGGCGGGCUGCGUCGCCAGCUGGCUGGACUAUGUCAAGCUGAGAGCUGCUGCUAGAAGGCAUGGGGAGCCAGGAUGCCCCCCUCCCCGCCCCGUUGGACCGAAAGAGACUGAAACACCCUUCUCUCCACCUCUGGCUCCUGAACUCCCCUCUUUGUAUUUAAUUCUGAUAACAGCAGAUUUUUUUUUUUUUUUUCU